AUCCCAUAAUCCCAUACCCCAUUAUAUAUAUUUACUACGUACUUACAUGCUCCUAGAUUUUAUUCUUAUUGCAUUGCUGCUAUAUAUAAGACAUAUCAUAUUCAAAGAGAACAAAUUUAAAUUAAAAAAAACAAAGUAGUACGCAAGUAUGGCGGCGUGUUUUUGGUCUCGGAUCGUGCUUUUCAUUGUCGUCGUCCUCCCUGCCUGCCUGUUUCUGGCAAUUGUCGAAUGCCGGGUUCGACACUAUAAGUUUGAUGUGGUGAUGAAGAACAUGACUCGUUUGUGUUCAUCGAAAUCUGUCGUCACCGUCAACGGAGAGUUCCCCGGGCCCACCAUCUACGCUAGGGAAGACGACACCGUGCUUAUCAGGGUCGUCAAUCAUGUCAAAUACAACGUCUCUAUUCACUGGCAUGGAGUUAGACAGUUGCGAACAGGUUGGGCAGAUGGGCCGGCGUACAUAACGCAGUGCCCGAUCAGACCGGGGCACAGCUAUGUGUACAACUUCACCUUGACAGGGCAAAGGGGCACACUAUUUUGGCACGCACAUGUGCUGUGGCUAAGGUCAACGGUCCAUGGCGCACUGGUCAUACUGCCUAAGUUGGGCGUCCCUUACCCUUUCCCUAAACCGGACCACGAAGCGGUUCUAUUGUUGGCUGAGUGGUGGAAAUCUGAUACUGAGGCUGUGAUCAAUGAAGCACUGAAAUCAGGGUUAGCUCCCAAUGUUUCCGAUGCCCAUACUAUCAAUGGUCAUCCUGGACCUGUCUCAAAUUGCCCCACACAAGGUGGAUAUAAACUAAGCGUUGAAGCUGGGAAGAGCUACUUGCUAAGGAUAAUCAACGCUGCCCUCAAUGAAGAGCUCUUUUUCAAGAUUGCAGGCCACCUGCUGACCGUUGUGGAGGUGGAUGCCUCCUACGUCAAGCCCUUCAAAACCGACACCGUCAUGCUUGCCCCCGGGCAGACCGCCAGCGUCAUCCUCACCGCCGACAAGCGCUCCGGCCAGUACAUGGUGGCCGCCUCCACCUUCAUGGACGCUCCCAUCGCCACCGACAACCACACCGCCACCGCGACCAUCCACUACACCGGGUCCCUCGCCGCCGGCCCCACCACCCGCACCUCCACGCCGCCGAAAAACGCCACCGCGGUGGCCAACCGCUUCGUCGAUGCUCUGAGGAGCAUCAACUCCGAGGAGUUCCCGGCGAACGUCCCGCGGACGGUCGACCACUCUCUCCUCUUCACGGUCGGGCUCGGGAUCAAUCUGUGCCCGACCUGCACGCCCGCAAACGGGACCCGUGUCGUCGCGUCCAUCAACAACGUCACGUUCGUCAUGCCGACCACGGCGCUUCUGCAGGCACACUUCUACGGGAUAAACGGAGUGUUUACGGCGGAUUUCCCGGGGAAUCCGCCGGUGGCUUUCAACUACACCGGUGCUGGCCCGGCAAACCGCCAGACUUCGAAGGGGACGAGGGUUUACAGGCUGGGGUACAAUGAGACAGUUCAACUGGUUUUACAGGACACCGGGAUUGUUGUGCCGGAAAACCACCCGGUGCACUUGCAUGGAUUCAACUUCUUCGUCGUUGGGAAAGGAUUGGGGAAUUUCAACCCCAAGAGGGAUCCUAAGAAGUUCAAUCUCGUCGAUCCCGUUGAGAGGAACACCAUCGGAGUUCCGGCUGGCGGUUGGGUUGCCAUUAGAUUUCGUGCCGACAAUCCAGGAGUGUGGUUCAUGCACUGCCACUUAGAGGUGCACACAACAUGGGGAUUAAAGAUGGCAUUCCUAGUGGACAAUGGAAAGGGUCCUGACCACAGCAUUCUGCCACCACCCAACGAUCUGCCCCUAUGUUAAUGAAACAGCAACCCGAUCGACCCGGUUCACAUAGUUAAUUUGUAUAGCAGGAUCGAGCUGGGGAGACAACUUACGUUUGGGCAGAUGCACAAAAAGUAUUACUCCUAAUAAUAAAAGUGCGUGGGCAAUGGAUAUGGCGUUUGGUUUUUGUUCGAGUGUAUUGAAGGAAAUGUUAAUUUGCUCAAGCAAAUUCAAAAUAUUUGUAAACUAGCAUAUUAUAAAUCUUUGUAAAAAAU